AUGCCCGCAAGUGGAGAAUUCACCUGGCAACUCACAGGAAACGUGGCCAUCAACACGCUCUUCUCGGCCGCUUUCCCCGUCUUCACAGCCAUCUACGCCAUCCGCGGACUCAAGCAGGGCGCCAUUGAGACCGCGAGCAAGUCCGAAGCCCGUCUGGCCAAAAAACUCGACAUUGACGCAGAAACUCUGUACGAAAACUACUCACCGCUCAUUCUCAUCGGAUACCCAAUCUUUGCCGUCAAUCUGCAGCCGCUGGGAACUCUGGCUCUUCUCUGGAGCCGAACCACCGGCCUCAUUGACCAUCUCUCUGAUCAGCAGCUGGAAAAUGCGCUCAGCACAUGGUCCAAGUUCUCACAAGUCUACACCUGGGCCACUGGAGGCAUAUGCGUGGCAGCCCUGGGAAUCUGGUCUCGACGACGUCAGCAGCGACGUAGUAAGCAGGUGACCAAGAAGAUGCCUCUUUUGGGCGCUCCCGAGAUUUCUCUGCUGCUCUUCUCGGCUAUUUUCCUGCCCGUUGUUAGUCAGCCCAUUGAGGUGUUCCCUUGA